GGACGACACCCGGAGGCGGGUGCAACGCCGGAAGUAAGAAACUAGCUGCAAUGGCGGGCGGAACGAAGACUCCGCUGGAGGAGGAGAAGUUGCGCUGCUGGGAGCGGUAAAAUGGAUCAAACUCAGCUGAAGGCAGAUGUGAUUGAGCAAGACACAGAAGAGUGGCAGAGCAACCCCUCAUUUGCUGGACUGGAGAGAGUUGGAGGGGUGGACCUGUCUUACAUCAAAGGAGAUGAUACAAGUGCCUGUGCUUCACUGGUGGUGCUCAGCUACCCAGAUCUUGAGGUGCUCUAUGAAGAUAGCUGCAUGGUGGCUGUGAGCGCCCCCUACGUGGCAGGCUUCUUGGCCUUUCGAGAAGUCCCCUUUCUGGUGCAGGCGGUGCAGCGGCUAGAGGAACGAGAACCUGGUCUCAGGCCUCAGGUGCUUCUUGUGGAUGGAAAUGGCAUUCUCCAUCACAGAGGGUUUGGCAUUGCCUGCCACCUUGGUGUACUCACAGGUCUGCCUUGUAUUGGUGUGGCCAAAAAUCUCCUGCAGGUUGACGGUCUGGCCAACGAUGAGCUGCACAAGGAACAAAUCCGAGACCUGCAGUCAGGAGGAGACACCUUCCCAUUACCAGGUACCUCGGGGAGAAUCUUAGGUAUGGCCUUGCGCAGCUAUGCCAAGAGCACCAAACCUGUGUACAUCUCCGUGGGUCACAAGAUGAGUCUUCAGUCCGCUGUGCGCCUGGUGCAUUCCUGCUGCAGGUACCGGGUUCCUGAGCCCAUUCGGCAGGCAGACAUAAGAUCCAGAGAAUACAUCCAGAAGUACCUGGAGUCCUUUUCUGCCGCACUGCCUCAGCCGGAGAGGAUGAGUGGUGACACAGACUCUGAACAUUGAUAUAGCACCAGGGGAGGGAUAUCCUUCCAGCUCUCUUAGUCUGGACAAGCCACAGCCCAGCCUCCUUCCUACAGCCGAUGCACCUACCCAGGCUAGCAGACAGCUACCAAAUGCCUUUGUGCAACAAGGGGACAGGAAGGUGCUUCAGUGGCCCCCAGGACUACAGCACUGCUCUCCUGGGCACGACAGCUAUGCAACCUCCAUUCCUUGCAAUACCAUCCAAGGGCUACUUCACACCUCUUCGCUGCCGGACAUUUCUUUUUGGCUCCAGGUGUGGCUUCCCUGGGAGUUGAGGGCAGUCCUAGCUCCUUGGCAGUGUCACUGCAGAACAUAUACAGGUAUAUCUGCAUGUCCGUGCGUUUCUUCAUGUGCGCAUUAAACAUGUUGUCUUAACCAUGCAGUGUGUGAAGAAGCCCCAAGUCCUCUUGAGAUGAAAUGGAAGUUGGGUAGAAAGUAGGGGGUGAGGAGGGGGUGUCCUUGGCCCGGAAGCUCCUGACUCUCUGCUGAGAUGGCCCAAAUCCAAGAACAGGACUGUCACUUUUCUUUGCGCAGUCUCAGUAAUGUUUUAGGUCUUUGCUUUAUAAAUGAAAUGCUGCAAAUAAACCUUCACUGGUAACCCUAUAAA